ACCUCUUCGCUUUCCCUUCCUUCUCCUGUGUUUUGUCCAAACGAUUCCCACCCAUUUUUCCCAAAUACAGUAGAAAAAGAAAAUUUCUAGAGAGAGAAACACAGAAAAAAAAAGAAAAAAAAAGCUAACUCCCCGGAAAUGCCUAUUUGUCCGGCGUUGUUCUGGCUCCGCCGUGGAUUCUCUGGAAUGCUGAGAUAGGACGGGGGAGAUUUUGAGUCUGUAUUUGUUGCCGUGUUGGGGAAAACGGAGUUCGGGCGUUUAUGACCCAAAAUGUACGAAGCGGUAUGCGAUCACCAUUCUGACGUUUUGAGUAACGGGAAGAAGAACAAGUCUGAGGACGACAAAGAGAAAGAGAGAGACGCGCGCCAUCUGGUUGUGGCUGUCCCGCCUCCGGUCUACCGGAACCGAUCCCAGGCUACCACGCGGCGCGUGACUCCCACCAACAUCACUGCGGCUUCACCGUCCGUCGAGAGGCUUCUUCCCAACGGGGAUCUCUACACUGGGAACUUUUCGGGGAACGUGCCGCACGGAUCGGGGAAGUAUUUGUGGAACGAUGGAUGUAUGUACGAGGGCGAGUGGCGACGCGGCAAAGCGUCGGGGAAAGGGAAGUUUUCUUGGCCGUCUGGAGCGACCUUUGAGGGCGAAUUUAAAUCGGGCCGAAUGGAAGGCUUCGGGACGUUCAUUGGAUCUGAUGGAGACACCUACCGAGGGAACUGGAGCGCCGACCGGAAACACGGGUACGGGCGGAAGCGCUACGCAAAUGGAGAUUUCUAUGAAGGAUUAUGGAAGAAGAAUCUACAAGACGGGCAGGGUAGGUAUGUUUGGAGUAAUGGAAAUGAGUACGUUGGAGAGUGGAAGAACGGGGUGAUUUCAGGUCGUGGCGUGCUGAUUUCGGCCAACGGGAACCGCUACGAGUGCCAAUGGGAAAAUGGGGUUGCAAAGGGACACGGAGUCUUCUCCUGGCCUGAUGGGAGCUGUUAUUACGGCUCAUGGAAUGAAGAUGAAAAGAAGAUUCAGCAGCUAAAUGGGACCUUUUAUCACGGUAAUAAUGGGAAGGAACAUAGCUUGAAAGGGGGUGAGAAUUUGGUGUUGAUGCCGCGAAAGAGGUCGUCAGUGGAUGGAGCGAGGGGGAGCCUAGGGGAGAGGAACUUUCCGAGGAUUUGUAUAUGGGAGAGCGAUGGUGAAGCUGGGGAUAUUACUUGCGAUAUAAUUGAUAAUGUAGAGGCUUCCAUGAUUUAUCGCGAGGGGUUAGGGCUGGAUAGAGAUGGGUUUAUGCAGUUCAGGAAGAAUCCUUGUUGCUUUAGCGAUGAAGUGAAGAAGCCCGGGCAGACAAUAUCAAAAGGGCACAAGAAUUAUGAUUUAAUGCUUAAUUUACAGCUGGGUAUCAGGUAUUCUGUUGGGAAGGAUGCUUCUGUUCAGCGGGCCUUGAAGCAGCAAGAUUUUGAUCCUAAAGAGAAGUUUUGGACUAGGUUUCCACCAGAAGGGUCCAAGUUGACACCACCCCAUCAAUCGGUGGAGUUUCGGUGGAAGGACUAUUGUCCCAUGGUGUUUAGACAUCUAAGGGAGCGAUUCCAAGUAGACCCUGCUGAUUACAUGCUAGCAAUUUGUGGAAAUGAUGCCCUUAGGGAGCUAUCUUCUCCGGGGAAGAGUGGAAGCUGCUUUUACCUUACUCAGGAUGACAGAUUUAUGAUUAAGACAGUGAAAAAAUCAGAAGUCAAGGUGCUUAUCAGGAUGCUUCAGAGUUACCAUCAACAUGUCUGCCAAUAUGAGAAGUCCCUUGUGACGAAGUUCUAUGGUGUGCAUUGUGUCAAGCCAAUUGGAGGCCAGAAGACACGGUUCAUUGUGAUGGGCAAUUUGUUCUGUUCUGAAUACCGAAUCCAUAGACGGUAUGACCUUAAAGGAUCCUCCCAUGGACGCACAACAGAUAAGCCUGAGGAGGAGAUUGAUGAGACUACAACCCUCAAGGACUUGGAUCUCAAUUUUGUGUUUUGCCUCCAACAAAAUUGGUUCCAAGAGCUUAUGGAGCAAAUUGAUCGGGAUUGUAAGUUCUUAGAGGCGGAGAGAAUUAUGGAUUACAGUCUAUUGGUUGGUCUUCACUUCCGUGAUGACAAUAGAGGCGAUAAAAUGGGGUUAUCGCCAUUUCUGUUACGCACUGGCAAAAAGGACUCAUAUCAGAAUGAGAAGUUCAUGCGUGGCUGUCGUUUCCUGGAAGCAGAGCUACAACACAUGGACCGGGUUUUGGCUGGCCAGAAACCAUUGAUUAGGCUGGGAGCCAACAUGCCUGCAAGAGCAGAACGAAUGGCUAGAAGGAGUGAUUUUGAUCAGUAUUACCAGGGUGGAGUCAGUCACUUCACUCCUUCACGAAGUGGUGAGAUUUAUGAAGUAGUCCUAUACUUUGGCAUCAUUGAUAUCUUACAAGAUUAUGACAUCAGCAAGAAAUUAGAGCAUGCGUACAAAUCUCUACAAGCUGAUCCCACAUCAAUCUCAGCUGUUGAUCCAAAGCUCUACUCUAAGAGGUUUCGAGAUUUCAUUGCAAGAAUCUUUAUAGAAGACAGGUAGCACUCAAAAGGGAAAGUUGUAAUAAAAGAUGACUUCUUUCUAGCCAAGGAGGUUGGUGAUUCAAAACCGAGUGCUUCUUUUGUACCGUAAUGCUGGGAAUUAUGAAGUUCCUGGUCUUCCGCAGAGCCAAAUACUCAUAGUAGAAAGCAAGCACGUGAAAGGUUGCAUGGAAGCUCGGGGUAAGCUGGUAUUUUGAGGGGUGAUGGCUGAGUUUUAAGGAUCAGCUAUUGCAAUGGUGGUGUUGGGGGGGCAGUUUGGUUGUACAUUCAAUUCAAAGAGGAAGUAAAUUUGGAUUCCAAUGUUCCUUUUUUUUUUUUUUGGUUUUAGGAAGAAUGGGGGAUAGGGGGUUGAGAUAUUUUUGUGGGUUACCAAGGCAAAGGGAUGUGGGUUGUGAAGAUUUGAAAGAUAGGUAUAGGGAACAUAGUAGAUGUUUCCCAGAGAGAAGAUUCAAAGUGGGAAUAAGAAAAGUGUACAGUUUAUAGGAAGGAUGGAUAGUUUAUGGAAUUCCAUGAUAUUUUUAAGCUGUGAGAUCAUUGCUUUUUUGAAAAAUAUUGGUUUUGAAUGUGAUGUACAUAUGGGGUAUGUGGUAUACAAGUAGUGGGAUAAUUGCUUUGCUUUUGCAGUAAGGAGUUAGGGCAUGAAAAGGAGAGAAAGCGAAGAGAAAGAUGCGCUGUUAUUUCUUGUUCUUGCCCACUUUGUUGUUUAGCCUUGUCUUUUUACUG